ACGCAUGGGCACUCAUUCAUUAUGUGCAAACGCCAGAUUGACACAUUAACUCUAUAAAGAAUCAGACGCAUGGCACUCCCCCAUGAUAGACAGGCAGAGAUAAAGCGAGCGAGCGAGAGGGGAGGAUCAUCAAGCAGGAUGAAGAGGAGGGGAGGCGGCGAUGGAGGAAGAACAAUGGCGUUCGACGCAAAGGAGCCGAUGAAGGGGCCACGAUGCACGGAGAUGGAAGAUUUGUGCUCCAAGCUCAUGUCCCUCGUUCCACAAGACUAUAAGCUCAACGAUUCACAGCAGGGCUCUUCAGACCUUCCCACACAACUGGCACAAGCGACGACCUACAUCAAAGAUCUGCGAGAAAGAGUAGAAAAGCUGAAGCAAAGGAGAGAUGACUGCUAUGCAAAGGUCCUGAAGUCCAACCGCGUCACUGCGGCAAAUGAAGCAACACUAGAAUCCUGCUCACAGGAUGUUCAGGUACAAUCCACAGGAGCAGCUCAUUUUUGACGUGAAUUUGACAAUGAACUCAAAUAGAGAAGAUCAACGAAUCGAACAUGCCGGCGACAAGCUCUGGGGUUCUCUUGGAUGCACCAGUGGCAGCAACGAGACUCAGAAGGUUGUUUACAGAAGAGCGUGCGAAACUUGACGGCCUUUGGUGCUGAAUCCAGCUUGUGGAACACUCAACAUACAGAAAAGAGAUUGUUACAUUCAAUUCCUUCCUUUUUCAAUUGAGAUUUAGUGGUUGCAUUCCGUUUGUUAGCUCAAGUUGUACAUUCCUUUGUUAUAUGAUAUCAAUUAUAAAAGGGUAAUUGAAUUCCUAAAGCCGCCUGUCGGCCACCUG